CACGUUUUUCUACUUUACAGAUGACGUUGCAGGUUUCCUGGGUCCGGCACAGGGACGUCCAUCUGCUCACCAUCGGCCGUUACACGUACACGAACGACCAACGAUUCAGGCCGAUCCACAACGCGCAGACGGACGACUGGACACUGGAAAUCAAAUAUCCGCAACUUCGGGACAGCGGUUAUUACGAGUGUCAAGUAUCCACGACGCCGCACAUGAGUCAUAUCGUAUAUCUGGAUGUGAUCGAACCAAAAACCGAAAUUUUGGGCGCACCAGAUUUAUACAUCAAUCGAGGCAGCACGAUCAAUUUGACUUGUGUGGUUCUCUUAAGUCCAGAACCUCCAGCCUUUAUAUUUUGGAAUCAUAACGAUGCCAUAAUCACCUACGACCCGACCAGAGGCGGUGUAUCCGUGGUCACGGAGAAAGGAGACAUCACCAGGAGUUUCCUGCUCGUGCAGGAGGCGAAACCAUCGGAUUCUGGCCGAUACACUUGUAAUCCAAGCAACGCUCAACCAAAAUCAAUCACCGUUCACGUAUUGAAUGGAGAGUAUCCCGCGGCAAUGCAGCAUGGCGGUCAAGCCAAGCAACCAAGGCUCUACUCCCUCCUCCUCUGCCUGUGUCUGCUACUUUACUAACUAACGUUCCGUGAAAACGCCGCUCUUCCUUCCCCCUUCGUGCUGAGAAACGGUGAACGAGAAGAGAACUUUCACCGGUUUCAAAUCUUUUCGGGGAAUACGCCUUCGACGUAGACGUGUAUACGUGCAAUCGUAUGGUGGUGCAGUGACUCGUAGCGAACACGCAAAAGACCACAAAGAUGCCGGUACAUCGAUAAUAAUAGCGUGGACAAAUAAAAAAAAAAAAAAUAGUGUAUGCGUCGAUCGAAAUUUAACUCGAAACGAACUAAUCGAAAAUCACAUCGUGUAACGUAACCUGUGAAAAUGUUACACGAUUAUGUAAGAAAAUGUCGCGAACGCGUGAAAAGAACUGCGACGAGGAGACACGUUUCGAUAUAAUGUAAAAAAAAAAAAGCAAAGUGACUGAUAGUAAUCACGAAUGAAUAUAAUCGCGAGAAUAACAGCGAAUAGAGAAACGAUCGAGCUCGAUGCGGUUGCGGGAAAUCGAGAGGAGAAAGGAGAAUGGAAGAGAGAAGAACGGAGAAGGGAAGAAGCAUCGGGACAAAGGCCAAGAUCAGAGUACAAAGGAUCGCCUUUCCUCCGCAAUUAUUCACCCACAGGCUGACAGGAUGUGUACGAAAGAAGUAAGGCGGCAAAAACGAGCGAGAAAGAGAAAAUGAGGAUCGAUAGGGUAAAAAUUUUAUCGUGUAUUAUCGUCGAUUCAUUCUCGUUGGCCAAUUGGCGAUUGUUGAAAGACUCGAUGAUGGAUAAAGGAACGAGCGUUCGAUACGCAGCAGCGAAAUCAGGCCACCAUUCGGCCGAAUUCGCGGACCACACUCUUACUUCCGGAACUCUGAUCCUCGUCACAUCGACGCACGCACUUUUCGAUGGAGUUCCAUGACAUAUCUCUCGAAUAAUGAAAAAAAUUAGAGAAAAA